GUCAGCUACAACUGCGCUAUCUUCUCACAUGCUCAGCAUCACCAUCAGCAGCCAGAGUGUGUGUUGAGCACAGGCAGAGAGCUCCAGUGGUUAGAGUGUGAUGUUAGCCUGUUUAAACUCAGGAGUGCCACACUAAUUUCCGUGCAGCUCAUACAGCACAGUUCAUCCUGUUCCCACCCACAUCCUUGAUCUUGACCAUCCCAGACAUUGCUAUGAAUGUCAUCUCCUCCCUCACCUCCUCCUCCUCCUGCCCCCAUUUGUACCACUCACCCAGUUACCCCAGCAACGCCACCAUAUCAGAUGCCACCACCACAGUCAGUGGGAUCAGCCAAGUGAUUCUGAGGCAUUAUAACCACACCGGCCGCCUGCAGAACAGGACCAUCUCAAACACCCAGAACCACAUCAGUGUCUCCAUCGCUUUCUUCCUCUUCUUCAGCGUUUUCAUCAUUCUAGAGAAUUUCCUGGUGCUGGUGGCCGUCAUCUCACGCAUCCGCCACAGCCGGCGGUGGGUUUACGUCUGCAUUGCCAACAUCACACUCAGUGAUCUCCUCACAGGUGCUGCCUACCUGGUCAACAUCUGUAUGUCUGGCAGCCAGACAUUCCGCCUCACCCCUGCUCUGUGGCUCUUCAGGGAAGGGAUGCUGUUUGUGGCCCUGGCAGCAUCCAUAUUCAGUUUGCUGCUGAUUGCUGUGGAGCGUUACACCACUAUGAUGCAGCCACUCCACCAGAAGUCAGCCAGGAAGACCUACUAUAGGAUCUAUGGCUUGGUGGCACUCUGCUGGGUUUUUGCGCUAGUGAUUGGCUUCCUCCCCUUGCUGGGCUGGAACUGUGUGUGCAGCCUGAGCGGAUGCUCCACCCUCCUCCCUCUCUACUCCAAGACCUACAUCCUUUUCUCUCUCCUCAUCUUCUUCCUCAUCCUGCUGGCUAUUGGGGUGCUCUAUGGAGCCAUCUACUGCCACGUGCACAAGAGUGCACAGCUGGGCCCCCAUCGCAGUCGCAAGCGCUCCUUGGCUCUGCUUAAAACUGUGAUCUCUAUCGUUGGGGUCUUUAUGCUCUGCUGGGGGCCACUGUUCCUGCUGUUACUGGUGGAUUUCUUCUGUGUCUCCCGUCAAUGUGCACUGCUGUUCAGCGCUGACUAUUUCAUCUCCUUGGCUGUCCUAAACUCCGGCCUGAACCCCAUCAUCUAUGCCCUGGGCAGCAGUGAUAUGAGGAAGGCUAUUGCUGAGUUGCUGUUCUGCUGCUGCCUGAAGGCCGGCCUGUGUAACCCGGACACAUUCACAUCCAAGGACACCAGCAGCACCUCCGAGAGCAGGCGGGACAGUCUGAGGAACAGCUUUAACAGGGUCAGAAAUCUUAGCGUGGCCUCCCCUCCAUCAACCCCAAGCAAGCCUCGCAGGGCCCCCAAAAAAUACAGGCUGAGUUCCACCACCAGCUGCCUGUCAGUUUCAAGUGGUUAAACCACAACAUGCUCCCCUCCCAAGCAAACAAAACCUGUGUGCACUGAUACACAUCUAACCGUUUCCUCUUAGUUUUGUUUUGAAUGUUUACUGCUUUGCCAGCAGGUAUUGCACUGAUUAUUAUGCAUUGUCAGAAAACCUGAUAAAAAAAAUAAAGUUAUCCUUGCAAAAGUAUCACAACAGGAACAGGGAUUUUUUUUUUUUUUUUGUUGCAUUUCCAGACAUUCAUCUAUGCAUUUUACACAUUUACUGUAUUAACGCGUUGUUGCACUGUACCUAUUUACAUUUACCAAGAUAUAUGCAUUUUUAAGCAUUUUAAGGAAGAUUAUUUACAAGAAGAAUGUAUAUCACAUUGCAUUGUAACAUUUUGUAUUGAGUUGUAUACAGUCAAGUGAUGAAAAUAUGAAUAAAGUUUAUUUUGCCUUA